AUGGAGAUGGCAUUCCGCUUCCCUUUUCCGGUCAACGAUCCGCGUAUGCACCGCGAGGAGGAGCUGACUCUGGCGAGAGUUGCGUCCCAGCGUGGGGGCAACCGGCCGUCUCCUCUAGACACUCCUUUACCGCCCGAUGCGCGAAAGGAGGCCUCCACCGAGCCCGCGACGCCGUCUCCCUUACCGCCCGCGAGGAGGAAAUGGGUCUUUGCCGACCCAGUGGCUUUUAGGCAAGUGUUUUGGACAUUGCAUCUGUACCUAGAAAGCGAUCCGUCCGUCACUGUCCUCGAGCGAAGGGGGGUGUUGCAAGGUUACGAGCUAUACUUGGUCGAACAAUGGGCGUGCUCACGAAAGUCACCGACGCUGGUUAUCGUCACAUACACGGGUGACCCGAAGCACUCGGUCGUCGUCGGGGUGCUGGCCGUCCCAGCAGACGAGAGCAUAUGGUCUGACCGCCUACGAUUCUACUUCAAAGCCAUCCACCAGUACCAUGCACGGCCAAAGGAAACGCCAUUGGGCGACGUGAUGGUCACGAACCUCAGCAGCUUCCCGUCGGCUCUGACAGUCAUACCCGUCCCCGAGGGCGACAUCCGCACCCAUCGCCAGGCCUUCAUCGUCAACGAGAAUCUCAAGCGGCUGGGAUGCUCUGGGCGAUCUGGCAUGAAUCUUUCAGACCCCACUCCCGCGACUCAGGCCAAAUUUUACCAGCUCUACAGAACCAGCGAGAAGGUCCCCUUUGCACAGUCGGUAGUGGAACUAGUCAAACUGUGCCAAGUGUCCCUGUUCAUGUUCGGCAAGCUGGACAUGGAGUAUAUCGACGGUCUGUUAUGCGACAAGACGGAAGAGUCCAUCGGGAAUUGGUGGACAGAGAUUGGUGCUGAAUGCUACAACGUCGAGCCGACAGAUGGUAUCCUGGGGCCGACGACUGUGGCAGCGUUGUUGGGAUUGUUGAUGGGUGCCAGGAACCGGCUGCACUACUACGGUGCACCAGUCUCCAAGGAUGUCUUUGAUAUCGAAAGCACGAAAAGGGGUAUCGGUUACUUCCAGAAAGCAUACAAGCUUGAGCGGACCAGGCGGCUGGAUCGCCAAACUAUUCUCAAACUCCAUGCCGUCACGGCGAAAGCAGCUGCUGGCGAAGGAUGGGGCGUGCAAAAGGCGGUCAAGUCGACCGUUGCUGAAAUUGGCGGUAAAAGAGGCGAGCUUGUCAUUGGCAUGGUCGGCGGGAAAGACAAAGCCGGCAUAGCUGACAUCGAGACUGUCGACAUUGAUAAGUUCGUCGCCCUGGCGUACGGUGAGCGUGCAAAGUGGCUCUGGUACGGGAAGCCCAGGAGAGCGGCACCAGAGCUUCAGGAGAAGCCAACGGACGUGGCGCAGCCACUGUUCGGAAAGGAUGAGGUCGCCCUGCCGUCAAGCAAACGAACGCAAUCGUUGCCACUGGAAGAGGAACUCCACCGACAAAAGGAAGAGUCACCUGGUGUUUAUUCGACUCCGGCGCCUGCUUCGGCUGUAAGUAUGGUCGAUAACCCAGCAGAGAAGGAUGCCCUUAGGAAAACAGUCUUCAAAUCCGUCGCCGGCAGAGUGAGCGACGCCAAAUCCGGGCUCGGUCGCAUCAAAGACGUCGUUGGUACCGGCCUGAGGGGUCACACGAGUCGUCCUAGUAGAGACGACUUUGGAGAGAAUGGGUACCACAGCUCGCCCGGCGUCUCGGCCUUGGCGCAGUCCUCGGCCAAUUUGUCAUCUCCGGUCAUGGUUGGUAGGGCCUUCACGUGGAAGAACAAGCCGGAGGAGUACCUAACUGCCUUCAAGAAAGAGGCAGAGGCCGCGCAGGAGUUGCGGGAGUCGUCACAAGAACUCGAAAAUGUGCCGGUGGUAGCCAAGCCAACACUCGAAGCAUUAGACCCCAGCUCGGCACAUGGUGAAGGCGAAUUCUCGACACCUCCUAACGGAUCGGUGAAAGACGGCCUUGAUCGGGUUCAGACGUCGGUGGCUGGGUCUGUGAUUGACGAAGCUGAUUUGCAUGGUCCCUUCGAAGCGGAGAGGACAGGCAACACUGCCUUGAGCUUCCUCCAACGUCGGCACAGCAUCGCCGUCUCGAGGCUCUCAUACAAGCAUCCUCUGAACGAAGCUCGCUGGCCCCGACGACUGUCUUUUGGAGAUGCAGAAGAGGGAGUCUUGCGAUGGGAGGAAAUCACCGAGCUAUACGACGACAGGCACUUUUCAACAGCCGAUGCCUUGCAGCAACAAGCCAGUAUGGCCGAGUUCGCCCGCAGCCUGUACGACUCCAUCGCGACCAUCAAGCGCGAGGUCAAUCCGUGGGUCGAAUCCAAGGUCAAGGCAGUGGACUCCCUGGACGAGCACUACGGCCGCGAGCAGGAGGACCUCCAGAAUCUCUAUUAUCAGCUCAGCGAGGCAUAUCACCGAGUCAAGCAGAGCUCUACGGAGCUCAUCGCUGAGGAGCGGGCGCACAUCACCGAGGCGAUUAAGGAGGUCGAGGUGCUUGUGGCGCGGCUCGAGUACGAAAUCAACGGUCUCGUGAGCAAGGUGGAUGAUGUUGAAGACGGUGUCAGGCUCUUCGAGAGACAGGUCGAGGACGUGGAGAAGCGCGCCGAGGAGCUCAAGACGACGCUCGAGACGGAGAGCUGGGCGCACUGGUUCGUCCGGACGCUGACGGGGAUCGGUACGGGGCCCAACAUCACGAGAGGGGCGUAA